CUACACUUCCUUAGCCAAGGAAGAGCGGCGAGAUUUGUUUUUAGCUUAGCACAAGCAAGUUGUUUGUGAAGUGCUGCUCCCGCUUAAAAAUCGGCUUAAUAUUAAUUCAGGUGACAUGCCCGUCCAUCGUGAUCGCGAAAAGAAGGAAAAUACGGCUGAAGAGAUGGAGGUCGAAGAACAUGAACAUGAGGCAUCCAGCUCUGAUGAGGACGAUUCUGACACUUCGUCUGUCUCUGAAGAUGGCGAUAGCUCUGAAAUGGAUGAAGAGGACUGUGAACGUAGGCGGAUGGAGUGUUUGGAUGAAAUGUCAACUUUGGAAAAACAGUUUACAGAUCUCAAGGAUCAGUUGUAUCGCGAGCGAUUAAGCCAGGUAAACAGCAAACUUUCUGAGGUAGAAGCUGGAAAAGCAUCAGAGUACCUGGAGCCUCUUGCUGUCCUGCUUGAAAACAUGCAAGUCCGCACUAAAGUGGCAGGUAUCUACAAAGAGUUAUGUCUUGAAUCUGUGAAGAACAAGUAUGAAUGUGAGAUCCAAGCGGCAAGCCAGCACUGGGAGAGUGAGAAGCUGCUACUGUUUGAUACAGUGCAAAAUGAAUUGGAGGAAAAAAUUAGAAGACUAGAAGAAGACCGGCACAGCAUAGAUAUCACAUCAGAACUCUGGAAUGAUGAAUUGUCUGGCCGUAAAAAAAGGCGUGAUGCUUUAAGCCCAGACAAGAAGAGGAGACGGCCUUCAGUGGUUUCUGGUCCAUAUAUAGUAUACAUGCUACCUGAUUUGGACAUUCUGGAGGACUGGACCGCUAUCAGAAAGGCAGUGGCGACCCUCGGGCCCCACAGAGGAAAGACAGACCCGGACAGUUCCGUGUUCCCAUUCAGACCAGACAGAAAUAGACCUAUACUCAACUGCUGAAGGAACCAUCUGUGUCUAUGAAUGUCCAUCACAAAGAGACAACUACAAUCAAUGUCCCCACAACACAGACUAUAGAGAGCACUAUAUCCUCAGCUGAAAGUGUAAAAGCUCAUCUGUACACAGGGAUUUAUUUGUUCAGGUUUGAUAAUUCAGCGAUUGAAUUAUAUAUAUAUUUUUAAAUUAAGUCAAUUUUGUUACCUGAAAAUUGCUGUUAAAUAUUACAUUUUCACAUUUCAUUUAGUAUAUAAUAUAUGCGGAUGGAUUUGUGGUGGUGGUUUUCGAGUGUUCUUCUUCUGAAAUGAUAAAAAUAGAUACUGAUACAAAAACGUGUUUGUAACAUAUGGUAUUAUUUUGCCGAUAUGCUUUUACAAGAUGUUCAGAUGUUAUUUGUUUGAAAAGAACCUUUUAAAAAUAUGAUAUACACAGAAUGAUGCCAGCCACUAAGUAUUAUAACUACCUAUCUACCUCCUAUCCGCAUAGAUGCUUCCACUCAUAUUGCUGACUUGGCAAAUGGUAUUUUAUAGAAUUUGUGCUUUGUAACUCGGGUAUACACGUUUUCUACACUAAAUUUAAAAACUUUUUCUUUUUUUUUUUCACCUUUUCCACUUAAGUUUUGUAAUCUUCUGUAGUAUUCAAUGUUGAUUUAUUUUCCUGUUUUUUGUGCAGUCUGCCUAUUCAGUGUCUCGUGUUAUUUGUUUGCAAAUAAAUGUUUUUUUUCAUUAAAGAAUGGAAUUC